AUGGCUUGUGUCAAGUCUAUAUCCUAUUCUAUCUUAUUGAAUGGGUUACCUUCCAAUCUUUUUGAUGCUAAGAAAGGCUUAAGACAAGGGGAUCCAUUGUCCCCUUUCCUCUUUGCUUUAAGUAUGGAGUACUUAAGUAGAUGCUUGGGAGAUAUGAAUCAUAGCUCAAUAUGGAAGAUUAUGGCUGCCUUCCACAAAUUUUUAAGGGCUUCCGGGCUUGAAGCUAGCAAUGAGAAAAGUUGCAUCUACUUUUCAGGGAUUAGCCAGGAUGAAGCUACACAACUUGCAGCAGAUAUUCAUAUGCCUGUAGGUGUGCUCCCUUUCAAGUAUCUUGGGGUGUCUUUGGCUGCGAAAAAGCUCUCUUUUUCACAAUGUAAACCACUGAUAGAUAAAAUUACAGCCAGGGCUCAAGGGUGGAUGGUGCACCUCUUGUCUUAUGUUGGUAUUAGGCUGCAAUUGGUAAAAACUAUACUUGGUAGCAUGCAGAAUUGUUGGGGGCAAAUUUUUCCUCUCCCUAAGAAGCUGAUCAAAGUUGUUGAAGCAAUUUGUAGGAAGUUCUUGUGGACUGGUGGCUUAGACCAAUCAAAAAAAAGCCCCAAUCGCUUGGUCUUUCAUUCAGCAACCAAAAACUGCAAGGGGGCUAAAUUAUUUGUUAGCAGUAACACCUCUUGGUUGUUGAGAAAAAUUCUGGAGUCUAGGGAGCUGCUGGUGAGACUUGAGGGCUGGGAUAAUGUGAGUACUAUCCAUGAGUUUAGCAUCAAGAAAGCUUAUGAGCUCCUGCAAGAGUCUUUUGCUAGACUGAGUUGGAAAAGGUUAAUCUGCAAUAACAAAGCUACUCCUAAAAGCAAGUUCAUUCUAUGGAUGGCUUUGUUAAAUAGAUUGGCUACUACAGACAGCAUUUAUAAGUGA